GUGAGACUCGAGAGUCGUAAUAAUUCGGCUGCCCUGCUGCCCAAAAUCAGUUGACAUUUGACAAUUGACAUGUGCAUGUCAGGGCGUGUGGGUGACAGCCUUCCUUGUUCCGUCCUUCAAUAGUUAAUAUUUUGUCAUCUUAAAGCAACCAGGUACAAUUUUUAUUCUGAUAUUUUCCAGAGCCUUUUGUAAGAUCUUAACUGCUGAUUUGUUUUGAAAUGAAAGUUUUAAGCGAUUCAUCGAUUCAUGCAUCAACGCCUCCUAUCCAAAAGCAAAAUGUUACCUGUCAGUCAGAAGAGUGUUUGGAUUUAGUUCUUUCAUUGAAAGCUGGACGUUUUCUAGAAGGUUUUAAAAUUUUCCUUAUUGGCUUUGAUGGUCCACAGAUGGAAAAACUACGGCGAGUCCUGAAAAAUGCUGGUGUGAUCCAUCUUAGCACAAUCAACAACGAUGAGUCGAUUUCUCAUGUCAUUGUCGGAAAUAUCGGAAAAGAAGAUGAAAAGCAACUCCAGCAAUUAACGAGAAAGCCUCACGUUGUAACAGUCGAAUCUCGAAUGGUUGACACAAAGUCUGCGACUGAAUGCCCCAGCUCCCGAAGCCGAGUAUCUACAUCCAUUUUACAAGAACCUCUUCACUCUUAGCAGACAAUUAAGAGCUUCUUAAAGGAAAAAGAGAUGGAAGAAGAUGUUUCGGUAUUGUUGAAAUAUCCUCCUGCCGAUGCCGUAUUUUCCUGUGUGACUUUUCAACUCGUUGGUCUCAUGGACGCGGAUUGAAUCUCUUGGACGACCGAUCUCAUUGAAAGUAACGGAGAAGCAGGUGAACCCACUUACUCCAAGGAUUAUACCGCUCCGACAUCCCUAACUGUCGUCAAGAUCUUUCAACCACCUGGCGAUCCUGCAGAAAAACUUUCAGCUCCUAUUUCAUUUCCGGCAAUUGAUUUUGAUGGCCCCACGCCUGUUACUGUGAUGGGGCAACCAAAGAUUCCUGCGAUUCUCCCUGUCCUGACUGACCCGGUUUCAGAGCUUUUACUGCAGACAUCUAAUGGUACAAAAACUUUCGGCGUGGGGGCAUCAAAAGAAAUUGACGGAAAUGAAGUAGGAGCUGAAAGUUUUUCUGCAGGAUCACCAGGUGGUCGAAAGAUCCUGACAACAGUUAGGGGUGUCGGAACGGUAAAAUCCUUGGAGUAACUGGGUUCACCUGCUUCUCCGUUACUUUCAAUGAGAUCUGUCGUUCAAGAGAUUCAAUCCGCGUCCAUGAGACCAACGAGUUGAAAAGUCACACAGGAAAAUACGGCAUCGGCAGGAGGAUAUUUCAACAAUACCGAAACAUCUUCUUCCACCUCUUUUUCCUUUAAGAAGCUCUUAAUUGGCUACUAAGAGUGAAGAGGUUCUUGUAAAAGGGAUGUAGAUACUCGGCUUCGGGAGCUGAAUAAUACGCCAGUAAAGGUAUCUAUUGCGCCUCACCCAAUUACCUCAGGGAGUUGAUCCUCGCCAUAGACAAGAAGUGUCAGGGUGCGGAAUGUGUUUUGCCAAAAUUUCUCCCCCAUCUAGACGCCAUUCCUUCAACCCACAUUUAGUUAUUCUGUUGUCGUUAUUUGUUUCUUUAGCCGAUUUAUCUCGAUAUUGUGUCUUAACUUCUUCUUUAACGUCAGAAAGAAUGAUUGAACUAUGUUGCGGGUUUUUAUUAGGUUACAAAAGACUUUUAGCGAAUGUUUGUCGAGAUAAUUUUAUGCUGUUUGUUUUUUAAGAAAAGAAAGUGAUGUAUGCCGUUUGUAAUUUUUGUUCGGUUGCGGAGUAGUGAUGGAGUACGGUAGCUUGUGAUAUUCUUUGCAUUUUCAAAGAAUGGUUUGUACUAAAGUUGUUAAUUCUACGUAGAAUAUUUAUGUGAAGUUUAUUUCUUUUACGGUGACAAAAUUGUACGUCUAUUGGUUAUAAAUUUUACAAAGAUCAGUCAGAUCUCGCGAAAAUGUGCCUAAUAAAUAAUAAUCGCGAUAUGCAUCUUGUUGAAUUAAAAAUUGAUUUAGUCUGACGCAAUUCCUGCAAAAAUAAUACAUCGCCUUCUGUUUCUUUAAUUUCAACUGCUUUAAAUCGUAACACAAUGGCGAAAUAUUACCCUUAAAUGAAAUAAAAUGAAUAACUAAGAGUACAGUAAAAAGAAGCCCUCUACGGCUAUUGCCCUGUCGGACCGGCAUGGCAAUUAGAUUUCACACAUUUUUAUUUUGUUUACUCUAGAGUGACGUGGAAUAUUCAAAAGCAGGCCAAUUUUAUUGUCAUUUUGAAUUGGAGUAAUAAAAGUGACCGCUAGAUGGCGAAAUUCGAGGCGCGUCUUCCGUCAAUUCGAAAAAAAACUCUUCAUUAGUAGGUAGAUUUGAAGCAGGAGGCAGGAGCAUACGUCGUCGAUAAGAUGCUGCGAUUUACAUUAGUUUAUAUUAAGUCACGUCCCAUUCUAUAAAUAGAAUUUUCCCGCCAGCAGCUUGAUGGUUGAAUGGUUCAUUCGCGGUUGUCGUGGCGAGGCGAGAACACGCGAACGCGCGUCAUCGUCGCUACUGGAUCGUAUCACUGCUCAUCAUCAUACGUAAUAAUACUUAAUGGAUAACUUCAGUGUCGAGUUGGACCAAGCAAAAGGAGUAUUCCUUCCUGGACAGAAUGUCAGUGGCCUUGUCCAGUUUCAACUCACUGCCCCCGAGAGUUUCAAAGGUCUCACAGUCGAGUGCAUUGGUAAGAGUCAAGUGCAUUGGUCGGAAACGGAAACAUCCGGCCGCGAAACGGAAACGGUUCACUACCAAGCCAGCGAAAACUAUUUUUACCACAAAAUUCAACUAUUCGCAGGAAGUGACAAAGAGUUGGAGCCAGACUAUUACCGCUACGCCUUUUCGUUCACGCUUCCACACCAGCUGCCUGCGUCCUUUGAAGGGGCCCACGGUUCCUUGCGCUAUUACAUCAAAGCGGUUCUGGGUCGGCGCUGGAUGCUUGAUGCCGUUUUUAAGCGCGGAAUCUCCGUCAACACCAUAGUCGACCUCAACCAAAAUUUCCAGGCGUCGAUUCCAGUGAAGAAUGAGGAGACCAAGACUGUUUGUUGUCUAUGCUGUCAGUCGGGACCCAUCACGGCGAUCGCUUGGCUCCCGAAAUCUGGAUACGUUCCAGGGGAAACAAUUCUCUUUUGCGGGCGAGUAGACAACAAAAGUCGAUCGAGGUUACUGCACACAUCGGUCCGGCUGGUCGAGAGGACAAUAUUUAAAGCCCAAGGUAAACAGAAGGAAGAUGAACGAGUCAUACGAGAAAUCACCCGAAACCAGCAAACAGCGCCGGAAAGGGAGAACCUAGAACUUUGGAAUGAUAUUCCAAUUAUUGUGCCGCCGUUGGCGCCAUCCGAUCUGCAUCACUGUUCGAUUAUUGACCUUCGAUAUUUUAUCGAGUUUAUCGUCAAUCCGGGAACACUAUCAUUCAAUUUCAAGGUCCCAAUUGAGAUUACGAUUGGCACAGUUCCUUUCCGAGAUAGUUUCCCCACAUUCCAGCCGCAAGCUAGCGCUCCGCCAUUCACAAAUGGAAUCAACGUAGAAAAUAACGUUACGCACCCAAUUGGUUUUUUGCCUCCGUUCAUGAUCAAUCAGUAUCCAAAUCUCCCUCAAAGCACAUACGAAUCCGGAGUAUUUAGCGGCAACUUGAGGGAGGAAGGAGACACGGAACAUCUUAACAUUGGCUUUGACACAUUAUUUAAACCAACUUACAUUAGCUAUCCCAGCGUUGACAGUCAAAAUAACCCGUCAUCUUAAACAUGAAAUUUGAAACAAACAUCUAAUGUACUCAAAUAAUUGAUCCAUGCAGAAUAAAACGACUUUGAUAUCCAG